AGUGAACACCUUGCCGCGGCCGACUGCGAUACCGAUACGAAAGGAGACUCCGUCGCCUCGCAACGACGUAAAAAAACGAAAACAAAACAAAAUCGCGCACGUGAAGAAUUUUUCGAGGGAUUUUGUUGGUUUUUUCGCCGGUGCUGUAUACAAACAAACAACAAUUGUUUUGAUGUGCUCGAUUUGUUCAGUGGGUGUCGAGUUGCGGUAGUUGUUGUUAAUAUGCAUCAGAUACGUCUCGAGAAAGUAUUAGGAGUAACAGUCUCAAAUAAUGCUGCUUUGACAAGUGAUAAUACUGGAAUAAUUGCCUAUCCAGCAGGAUGUACCGUGGUCCUCUUUAACACAGUAACCGAGCGACAAAGCCAUAUAAUAAAUGUCAAUAGAAAAACAAUAACCUCUCUAGCUUUCUCGUCAUGUGGAAGAUACAUCGUAACAGGAGAAUGCGGUCACCAACCCGCGGUGAGGGUUUGGGAUCUGCAAUCGGAUCUUCAAUCGCAACAUCCAGGCUUGACCCCGCAACCUCAGCAAAUUGCCGAAUUUUUGGGCCACAAAUACGGCGUCAACUGCGUUGCGUUUUCACCAACCACAAAGUACGUGGUGAGUAUAGGCACGCAACACGACAUGAUUGUGAACGUUUGGGACUGGAAGAACAAUAUCAAGGUGGCUAGCAACAAGGUCAGCACCAAAGUGAAGUCAAUCGCGUUUGCCGACAACGGAAGCUAUUUUGUUACCGUAGGAAAUCGACACGUCAAGUUUUGGUACCUGGAGCAGGAAAAACGAAAGUACAAGGAGGCGGUGCCUUUGAUGGGCAGAUCGGCCAUCUUGGGUGAGCAACGGAACAACUAUUUUUGCGACGUUGCCUGCGGUAAGGCCGACAGCGGCGAUAGCACCUACGCCAUCACUAGGUCGGGGUUGCUGUGCGAGUUUAACAACCGACGCCUGCUCGAUAAAUGGGUGGAACUGAGGACGUCGUCGGCCAACUGCAUUGCGGUGGGGGAGAAGUACAUUUUCGUCGGCUGUGCCGAAGGUAUCAUCCGAUGUUUCGAUCCGCAGCUGAGGUUUGUCACCACUCUCCCCAGAACGCAUUAUCUAGGGGUGGACGUCAGCUUGGGAACCAACAUCACUCACAUGGGUUCGUCUCCGGACAACGCAAAGUACCCGGACGCGGUUGCGCUUACCUACGAUGAAGCCAACUCGAAAUUGACGUGCGUCUACAACGAUCACUCGAUCUACGUGUGGGACGUGACGAGUAUACGGCGCGUGGGUAAAUCCCACUCGUUCCUCUUCCACUCGGCGUGCAUCUGGGGCGUGGAGACCGCGCCGUCCGGCAGUCCGCUGCCGGACGGCACGUUCCUCACCUGCAGCAGCGACGACACCGUCCGCUUUUGGUCGCUAGACGCGCCGGACAACGCGUCGAAGAGCGUCUUCCCGCAGAACAUUUACAGCAAGGAAUUGAUGAAGGUGCUCUACAUCGACAAGGAAUUGGCGUACCUCAAGGAUCUGGACAUAUCGGGGACGACCAACAACGAAAAAACUCAAGAGAGUUCCUCUUACGACGGUAGAAACGGAGUCAGAUGCAUCAGGAUCAGCCCGGACGGUAAAAGUCUGGCAUCCGGCGACCGAUCAGGUAACAUUAGAGUCCACGAGAUGGCUACGAUGAAGGAAACCUUGAAAAUCGAGGCUCACGAUGCGGAAGUUCUGUGUUUGGAGUACUCUCCGAACGACCCGAGCUUCAAUCUGAUGGCCAGCGCCAGUCGAGACCGGUUGAUACACGUUUUCGAUGUUAAACGCGGGUACGACUUUGUACAAACUCUUGAUGACCAUUCUUCGUCUAUAACAGCGGUAAGGUUCUUGAAGAACACGAAAAACCUGCAAAUGGUUUCGUGUGGAGCCGAUAAAAGCUUAAUUUUCCGGUCUUUAACGGAGUCGGACAACGGUAAGGUUCCUCAGUUCGUUCGAGACCACAACGCGUCGGGAAAGACCACUCUUUACGACAUGGAGGUGGACACCGGACAAAAACACGUUCUGACAGCCUGUCAAGACAGAAACGUCCGAAUUUAUAGCGUCAAUAACGGAAAACACACGAAGAGCUUCAAGGGGAGCAGCGGAGACGAAGGAACGUUAAUAAAGGUGGUUUUGGACAGAUCGGGUAUAUUUCUGGCGACGUCUUGCACCGAUAAGUCGCUAUCGGUGUACGAUUACUAUUCGGGCGAGUGCAUGGCAACCAUGUGCGGCCAUUCGGAGCUGGCAACGGGGCUCAGGUUCACCAACGACUGCAGAAGACUGAUAUCCGCCAGCGGAGACGGGUGCAUUUUCGUGUGGCGCGUUCCGCACGACAUGGUGAUAACGAUGCACGCGCGCCUCACGCAGCAGGCCAUGCGUUUGGGGAAGCCCCUCGACACCCGUAGCCUAGGCAACCGAACCGACGACGGCGACGCGGACGCCACCACCGACGCCAACUACCGAUUCAGUAUCGGUCAGCUGCCCAAGUGGGCCAAGAGGCAGUUUACUGAGGAGGGAACGGCACCACCGCCUCAGAACAAGAACGUGGCUGCGCCAAAGGGGCGCUGGGCGCAAAGGGCGGAAACCACUCUGGGCGCCAAAUCAGGGGUGUACAGUAUAUCGCCCUUUGCAUCCAUAGAUAGAAGACUGGAUGGAUCGGAUGGCUCUAAAGACAGCUCUCUAGAUAGUGGUACAGACCUCAAAAACUAUUCGGAGUUUAAACGGGAAAUCCAUACAGCAACUUCUAUGCAGAAGUUUUCGAACGUAACACUGCGCAGCGAUACGCGCAGAAGCAUAAUGACCGACGACAGUGCAAUAGGUGACGUGGAGUCCACUGCGCAUGACGGCGACAUAGAUUCCGAUAACGAAUACCGAUACCGACCUCUCUAUUAUCCAACGCAAGCCGAUUCUGCAAGUGGAAGUGAAUUUACCGUCACGAACAUGGACCAGGACGAGCUGAGAAAAUCGCAACGGAAGAAAAAACCUCCCACGAUUAAUUUAACUGCGGCAAACGUUCCUUACGGUAGCAACGAGUCAGACGAAGACGACGACGAUGCCUCCACGCCUAGCGGAGACAACACCGACCGAAACCCCAUGUCCCUUCUGUCCGUCAGUUCGGAGUCCUUGGAUCACCUGGUCAGUCGCGAGAAGUACCUUCAGUCGACGUUUGAAAGCAUGAGCGGGGCCGAAAACGAACAAACGCCCACCAAUAAGACGUCGAUAUCCUCUAAGUUCCUGCGCACGGGUGAGCGCAAUGUGGAAGCGAUAAACGCGGUGAAAAUGACGAAGAACGAUCCGGACGCGAUGCGGACGAGGCAGGAACUUCACAAGCGCAUCGCCGACACCAAAAAGAAGCUGGAAAGUGUCGGCCACGGCAGUCCGCUAAAAUACAGCCAAUCGAUACACGACCUGUCGCACAUCCCGGUACGCGACACCUGGAACAACAAAAAACAAGGUAACGACGACGUAACGACAACUACUAACACUCCCGCGAACACUAACCACCACUCUAAUAACGAUUACCCCUACCACUACCACCACAACGACGAUAACAGCGGCAACGUCGCGCAGAGCUCGAGCGUCCCAAAUAAUUUGCAACUCUGCGGCUGCUUGAUGCAAGACAUCGAGCGAAACACCACUCACUUGAGUAACAUUUUGAGUUUGAAGAGUCCGGAGAGGACUCUGGACGAUCUGAUUCGACCUAGAAAGUUGAAACUAGACAAAACCUUGGCCAAAUACAAGUUGAACAAAAGUCUGCCUGUAUCGCCUGUAUCCGAAGAACGGCAGUUCUCCGACUACGCAGACUCCAACAGAAAGUCCUUCAGCUACUUUGUAGAUCUGCAGGAUACCGAUGCAAGCUUCAAAAAAGUUUGCAGCGACAUCGAGCAGUUCUCGAAAGAUUUCAGCGUUAAAUACGACCAAAUAGCUUCGAACGUUGAAAUUGAUGAAGAGGACGGUAAUUUUAGCUCCGACUCGUUGGAGGAUUACAGUUUCCGAUCCGUGAAACAAAAGCCGUCCAAAAAACAGUCAACCCCGCGUCGGUGUAUGUCGAACAACGAAAUCUACGCCCUCCUAACCGAAGACCCCCCCACCAAAAGCGAAAGCUUCUACUUGAACCAACACAGAACUUCUCAGGACAGCAUUCUUUCCGAUGAUAACCUAUUGGACUGUGAUAACAAAAGUCGCUGCACUUCAAUGGAAAGCAUACUGUCCAACGAGAGCGAUUGCAAGAGCGCACCACUGGAAGUGCUCUUCAAUAAACCAGAAAGAAUGCUGCACUCGCAGAGCGUACCGAAAAAUUUGCUGCUAAGUCAAAGCGUACCGAAAGAGUACACAUACGACCCGUCGCUCUACAACUACAACUACUACGACUUGGACAACAUAGAAGGGGAUUUUAAGCGAUCAAAAUCAUUGUACAACCCCAGCACUUCAACUACAAAGUCCAAUCUCAGAUCAUCGCAGACGCAAACGGACUUUGUUGCUCCCCUCGUCAAAAAAAACGUCAGCGCGGACUUUCAAAGGAAGCUGCUCAAAUUCGAGAGUACCAUAGCUCAAAGCGACAAGAAACCUGUGGCUUUCUUCAUCGAGAAUACAAGCAAGGAGAACGUUCCGAUGAACAUGUACAUACCGAGUUUAGCGAGCAAGAACAAGCAGUACAAAAGCAAGUAUUGCAACGUCUUAAACAAUAAGCCCGAGUUCAACAUGGAGAUAUACGAGGAGAGCGGCAAUUACAGCGUCAAUUUCGAGAAAACCAAGCAGAAGAACAAGGUGAUUCAGGAGACGUCGAGUUUGGAUCGCCAUUUGUUCGCCAAGAGUCUCUUCACGAGUGAAAAAAUUACCCAUAAACCGCCGAAGAGUGUUAGAAGGCACAGCUCGAAAACUAAAAAAACCAAAACCAGCUACGAGUACGUUAAAAAAGAGGAUUUCUACAGCAACAAGAAGCUUAACAACGCUCUCGACGAAAAGACCAUAGAGUUCAGCUAUAAGGAGAAAAACAUCGAAACAGAUUUGGAGAUGUCGAACAGGCAGCAAUCGUCAAUAUUAAACGAACUGUACGACUCUUUAGACAAGAAUAUAUUCAGCAGCAAAAACGAUUUAGACUCACUGGAGGUUAACUUGAACACAGGGGGGGCAGAUGAUAAAAUCUACGACUCCCUAGAAUCCAACUUGUGGAGUAAAACAUCCACGAUGAAGAUCAAAAAAACCCCGGAUAACAAAAUACAACUAGACUUGGAAAACAUCAAGAUCCUCAACGAGAUCCAGAGGAAGAUCCAGAAAAUCAACAACCUAAUCGACGUCUUUAAGAAAAACGUUACAUGCGGAAAAGUGCGGGCUCUCUCGAGCUUGUACGAGAGCCUUCACAACUCUCAAAGCUACUACAACGACUUGACCAAACUUCAAACGACCCCCAUCAAAUUUCGCCGCAGAAACUUGAGCCUGCCUUCGUUUGUAGAGCGCCGUCUCAACUUCGACACCAAACCGUCGAACGUCAACGUCAGGGUCGGCGAUUCCGACGAAGGUACUCGAGCAUGCGCACCGCGUCGCUUGCGCUGUGCUAUGCUCCGCAGCUCAAAGUCCCACCACGCGACCGCGUACGGAACGCGGUCUUUCGAAAAUUUGGCGUUUAAGGCUUUUCAGGUUGUGUAUCUGUCAAAGUAUAGUCGACGAAAGAAAUAAUAUUAUGUUCAGGCGUUAAAAAUGUAUAAAUCUUUAUAACAUUACAAUAACAAUGGAUGGUUUAAGAAUUUAAGAAUAUAAUACUGCAUUAAAUGAAAUUCUAAAGUGCAUGGUGCCAAAUAAGUAAUAUUUUUGUGCAUUUAGACCAAAUAUCUGGUUUUCUCCAUAA